AUUAGAAAUGACAAACUAGCAAGGUGAUUAAUUAAAAUAUUUUGAAAAAUGAUGGAAUUUGAUGAACAGGGUAAACAGUUGCCGGCUGUUAAUGAAAACUCCAUACGCUAUCAAAUACGCCGAAAAUGGAACUCGCUCACUAUUCGCAAAAAACGUCGACUAUUUAUCAAGAUCAUUUUAUUUGUGUGCUGUCUAUCGGCCCUCACAUAUCACGCAAUCCUACUAUUCUCGCAGUACUUCAGCGGCAAAACAGUAGUCAGUAUACGACUGGACCGCAUACGGCCGGACACUAUGCCCGCCAUAACCCUAUGCCUGCCCUAUGGGCUACGUAUGGAUGGUAUGGCCCGUCGGUUCCCACCCCUUAAGGCAAAGUAUAGCGAAUACAAGAGACUAAUGGAUAGUAUUAAUGAUUACGACUAUAAAAACGAGACACUAAAGGAUUAUUUGAUAGAUAUAUUCAAAAACUUUACCCGUUUUUACGAUAAGCAAAACAUGUCAUUAGACUACAUGUUUGACUCCGACGUUAGCAUACCCUACGACCUCUGGAAAGACUCGGAAAAAUUGGUUACCCCUGGUGAUAAAGUGGACGAUUUCUUAAUUAAGCUCGAAUUGAUCGGGGUGAGAAAUAACAUGGUGAUGCAGCACGUGGAUAUGCACCCGGUGGUGUCGGUGGUGGCCGAGCGACCUAGUCACAUUCGCAAGUGUUUCACGUUUUUUAGCGAGCUCAAUCCCGCGUGGCGUAAUAUUAAGUUUAAUUUGAACGAGGUGACAUUGAUUUUUAGGCAUAAUAAGUAUUGGUUCCCGCCUAAUAUGUAUGAGACACCAUCAGGCAAAAAUAAGAUACACUUUUCCAUACACUCGGCUAAUGCCACGCCUUACGACCUUAGGUCCGAAAAUUUUAUUAAUCUCAAAAUGGACCAUACUUACCAGGUAGCUUUCUCAACCAUAAAGACCAUACGCCUAAAACCUCCAUACGAAACAAAUUGUCACGACUACGACCCUGAUAACAUUUUUGAGAGGGAACGUACCCGAUCCGAUUGCCGGUACAAGUGUUUUGAGAUGGAACUGGUGGGUCGUAAGGACUGUUGUAUCGAUACCAAUAAAAACCGUCAGACCUGUCGUAAAUGCACCCUAUGGUCCACCAAUUUCAUCCAGCACCAUUUCGCUCAGAGGUCCCAUAUGUGUCCCUAUGGUUUGCGGGAUGACUGCGCACUGGUAGCCGACGACAUGUGCGAGGAGUUGUGCCAAAAGAGCUGCCAUACGUGCUAUUAUAACGUGGAUAUCAAGGAUAAGAAUAGGAUCCAGGGUAGAGAUCCGUGGGAUAAAGUAUUGUACAUUGAGCUUGCUCAUAAUCCAUUGCUGGAUCAGACGGUGGAGCACUCGCCGGAAAUGUCGUUCAUAUCGUUCAUCGCCAAUAUGGGGGGACUGAUAGGCAUGUGGUUAGGGCUGUCGGCGUUUAUUAUAUUGGAAACGGUUAUGAAGUUGGCAUUGGCGCACAGAUAUGGUUUCCAGAAACCAACUAGUGAUUUUUUGUCGUUCAUAUCGUUCAUCGCCAAUAUGGGGACUGAUAGACUUGUUUUACUGAUAAAAAAUUAUUAA